AUGACCAAACCCGUCGUCGUCGCGCUCAACCCCCUCCACCCUCAAGCGCUGGCCCUCGCAACCGAGCAUUUUGAUCUGAUACUUCCUUCGUCUGAAAGAUUCAAAGACUGGCGACGACACGCUCAAGGUUUAUUGACUAUAUCAGGGAGUGUGAACAAGGAAGAUGUAGACGUGGUCAGGGAACAUGGAAAGCUCAAGUAUGUAGCCAAGCAAGGAACCGGAGUGGAUAUGCUAGACCUAAGAGCUUUGAAGGAUGCCGGUAUAGUCGUGAUGAACACUCCUGGGAUUAACGUCAUUGCCGAGUUAGCACUUGGCUUGAUUAUAGACGUUGCGAGGAAGAUCAGCACCACUCAUGCUCGAUUUUACGCUGGGGAACCGAUCCACAAAGCUGAUGGUUGGGGUGGACACACGCUUUUUGGAAAGACUAUCGGUCUGAUCGGUGGUGGGGAUACCGGUUUCGCACUGGCAAGGAUGUUUCAGUCGGCCUUCAACGGUCAUGUCAUACUCUACGACCCAUUCCUCUCAGCAGCUGACCUUCAACGCUGGGAGCGGGGCAUCCCUCCCACGUUCAUCACCCGCACCUCAUCAUUCCACGAUCUGCUCUUUCAAUCGGACAUCGUAUCUCUCCAUUGUCCUUUGACUAAGGAGACAAAGGGUAUGAUCUCCGCCCCGCAAUUCGAUCUCAUGAAGAGAUCAGCGGUACUGGUCAACGUAGCCAGGGGAGGUAUAGUCGAUGAGGUGGAUUUGGAAGUCGCUCUGAAGGAAGGGAAGAUAAUCGGGGCUGGAGUGGAUGUGACGGUCAUAGAGCCCCCUACGCAAGGAAGGUAUGAAGGAUUGUGUAAAGCUGGUUGUGUCAUUACACCUCAUUACGGAGCAGCACCUGCCGACGUACAAGAAGCUACCUGUCUGGCUAUGGUGGAACAUAUGAUCGAAGCGCUCAAGGGCGGCGGUAUCAACAACAGGGUGGUUUAG